CUGCAGAGUGGUGGAGAAGCGCGCGCACUUCCUCAUCAGCGGUUCGUUUGGCAGAAAAAAAAAUGCAUGAAUUAAUUAAUAAUAAUUAAUACAAAUAAAUAAUAAUUGAAAGACUUUGUGAAGAAAUGAAGCGCUUUUGGGGAACACGUCCUGAACUAAAGCACUCUGAUGGAACUUCACCUGAAUUAUAACGGCGUUUGAUUGAACUGGAGUGGGCGGAGCUUCUGCACGUGAAGGGCUCAUGGAGGGCAUCUGCUUUGAGGUGAAACCCCGGGGCAACUCUACUUCUUCAUCCAAGUCGCACCAGGAAGGAUCAGGAGGUGAAGAUGAAAAGGAGGUGGAGAUCCAGUACAGGUUAACGUUGGUGGGCUCGUUAGCCAUCCACCCGCAGACCACGAUGACUAUGCUGCCCUGGGUGGUGGCUGAGAUACGCAGGCCUCGGCUGAAGGAACGGAGCUUCAGCACAAAAAUCUCUGGGCCUCAAGCUCUCGAGAUGCGCGACUGUCCGGUGGUGUUGCGGAUCUCGUGUUCUUGGGUGCGAUGUGUGAUGGGCGUGGCCUGUGCAGGAGACCCCUGGGACCCACUGAGACACACGGUCCUUUUUCAACAGCGGCCGCAUCGAGUCGCUAAACUCAUCCACAACAGCCGAGAGCCGAGUUACUUCGGCUGUCUGAUUCGGGAGGAAACCAGCGCCACCUGCUACGUGUUCCGCUGCCAUGACGAACACAAGGUCCCAGAGAUCAUCAGCACUUUGAGGCAGGCCAGUAAAAGCUCCGCCCGCCAGGAGGACACGCCCACCACUGCCGCCGUCACCCAAACCCCCGGCGAGUGUAACCAAGACGCCGGUCGGCAGGACGCCGCGGAUUCGGCGACGGCCUUCUCCAAAAAGUUCGAGGUGCUGUUCUGCGGGCGUGCGGUGGUGGCCCGGAAGAACGCCCCCCCGGCGCUGAUCGACGAGUGCAUCGAGAAGUUUAGCCGAGCCAACGCUUCCAACACGCUGGCGGCCGGCAUCAGAAGAGCCUUCUCCCUCACGCAGGUAAUGAACGGAGGGAACGAGGGAACGGACGGAGGAGGAAAGAGGCCGCUGUUUUUCCGGAAAGAUCCGAGCUUCCCGUCGCUGCAGGCGCUGGAUGAGAACGGGCUCUCACCGGAGCUGCAGCGCCGAGCAGCCAACGGCGCCGCGGGGGUUCAGCCCACCAGCCUGCAGGAGAACAGGACCAUGUUAUUCAUGAUCGGCCGCUCGCAGAUAUUCCUAGUGAGUCCUGACAGUAAGAAAGUGGCCAUCGAGAAGAGCUAGGAAAUUUCUUUCUGCUCACAGGGUAUAAGGCAUGUGGAUCAUUUCGGGUUUAUCUGUAGAGAGUCGGACGAUGGCGGAAGCUGCCAGUUUGUGUGCUACGUGUUCCAAUGUACAGACGAGGCUCUGGUGGAUGAGAUCAUGCUGACUUUGAAGCAGGCGUUCUCGGUGGCCGCCCUGCAGAAGAGCAGUAGGACCCAGAGCCUGCAGUGUGACUCCUGCCCCAUGCAGCAGCUGCAUCGGCUCUGCGACCACAUCGAGGGUCUCACUGCACCCAAGGCUAAGCUGGAGCUGCAGAAGCAUGUUGCUUCACUGGAUAAUCAGGAGCAGGCAUGUGUGUUUGAGACGACCCUGAAGGCCAGACCGAAGUCGGACCAGGAGGAAAACGAACUGGUCGUAUCUUGUUUGAGGCAACUCUACGAAGAGAGACAGAAGACACACACGCACACACACUUAACGCAAACAAAACAGGAAGCUCCACUGGUGUGUGAGGAGACGUGUUUCGACGGCAACAUGAGCAGCAGCCGAUUGCGUCUGGAGCAGCUGAAGAGUCGGGCCAAAAGAUCACUCACAGAGUCACUGGAAGGAAUAUGGAAGAGCAACAAUAGGUCGAGGUUACAGAAAGAGAGCAGUGAGAACCCUUCGCCCAACUCCACCCUUGGCAGCAACACUCAUCAGGAUAUGAUCUCUGCGGAACCAGCGUCUCUGCCCAUCCUCCUCCUGCCGUCCAGCCCGCUCCGCUCCCACAACUCCACAGGUGACCUGAAGCGCCUCGAGGACGAGGACCAUGAGGACGACGAGGUCCAGGCUCCGAGCUUCAGAAGGCGAGCGAGUACCAUCAGUCACUCUCCGUCCAUGUCUUCCAGCAGCCUGAGCAUCCCGAACGAGCAGGUCACGCCCGGGACCAAACCCAAACUCGUCCGCCAUUACUCCGUCAGCACCGACUCGCCUCACCAGAGCAAGUCGACUCCGGCCGGUGACUCUUCUGCUUCCUUCUCCUCCUCCUCCACUUCUGCCUCUUCCUCACAUCUCUCCUUCUCUUCCACUCCUGCUUAUGCCAGACUGAUGAAGCCCAGAGCCUUUGAGCAGCUCACAAAGCCCCUCAAGAGUGGACUAAGGGCCAGACUGUCAUCUUCUUCUUCUGUUCCAAACUUCUUAAAGUUUCUGGCUCCUGUAGAGGAACAUGAUGACUCGUGUCUUUCACCUUCCGCUCACAGAGACGUCGCGGCCCUGUCCAGCCCCGGAGCUGUGUGUGUGGUGGGACAGGACAGUCCACUCCGUCACCGCAGACACUCCUGGAGACAGCAGAUCUUCCUCAGAGUGGCUACACCACAGAAAAGCUCCGACACAGCAGAAAGAGGAGAGACGUCCCUGGAGGUCGGCGGUAGGCUUGCGGUAGGGGGUGGAGCCGGAGGCGGGGACAGCGCGCUGGGACCGGUUCCUGAGGAGAGGAGGAAGAGGAGUCGUGAGGAGCUCCGAGAGUUAUGGAAGAAAGCCAUCCUGCAGCAGAUCCUCCUCCUGAGAAUGGAACGAGAGAACCAAAAGCUACAGGCCUCUGAGAGUGACCUCCAAAGCAGGCGUCUGAAGUUGGACUACGAGGAGAUCACGCCUUGUCUUAAGGACGUUACUCUCGUCUGGGAAAAAAUGCUCAGCACUGCAGGGAGGGCAAAGGUCAAGUUCGACACAGAGAAGAUUCACACCGCUGUUGGGCAGGGUGUCCCCCGGCAGCACAGGGGUGAAAUCUGGAAGUUUCUCUCCGAGCAGUAUUUGUUGAGGCAGCAGGUCCCGAGCACCAAAAAACCGCCCAACAACAACGUGCCUUAUAAAGAACUACUGAAGCAGCUCACAUCUCAACAACACGCCAUCCUCAUAGACCUGGGACGUACGUUCCCCACACACCCGUAUUUCAGCGCUCAGCUGGGUGCAGGUCAGCUGUCCCUCUAUAACCUGCUGAAGGCCUACUCUCUGCUGGACCCUGAGGUGGGCUACUGCCAGGGUCUGAGCUUCGUGGCUGGAGUGCUGCUACUGCACAUGAGCGAGGAGGAGGCCUUCAACAUGCUCAAGUUCCUCAUGUACGACAUGGGACUACGCAAACAGUACAGACCUGACAUGAUCAUCCUGCAGAUCCAGAUGUAUCAGUUAUCCCGGCUGCUGCACGAUUAUCACCGGGAGCUGUACAGUCACCUGGAGCAGCACGAGAUCGGCCCCAGCCUGUACGCCGCGCCGUGGUUCCUCACCGCCUUCGCUUCACACUUCCCUCUGGGCUUUGUCGCCAGAGUCUUUGACAUGCUGUUCCUGCAGGGGUCAGAGGUCAUCUUCAAGGUGGCGCUAAGCCUCCUGGGAAGCCACAAGCCCCUGAUUCUGCAGCACGACAAUCUGGAGUCCAUAGUGGACUUCAUAAAGAGCACGCUGCCCAACCUGGGACUGGUGCAGAUGGAGAAAACCAUCACCCAGGUGUUUGAGAUGGACAUCAGUAAGCAGCUGCAGGCGUAUGAGGUGGAGUACCACGUGCUCCAGGACGAGCUCCUCGACGGCCCGUCCACUCUCAGCCAGUCACAGCGCACCGCCCAGCUGGAGAAGACCAACGGCAGCCUGCGGCAGCAAAACCUCGACCUGCUGGAGGAAGUUCAGGGGGCCCAUGCGAGGAUCCGUUUCCUGGAGUCACAUGUCGAGGGCCUGAUGCAGAGCGAGGCGGUGCUGCGUGUGGAACUCACGUGCCUGCAGCAGGAACACUCGGACCUGCAGCACACCGUCACUCAGCUCCAGGCUCUGCUCUCCAACCACGGCAUCCAGUACACUCCGGCUCCGUCCUAAUCCGCUGUAAACCUAAAGUUGUAAAGCCUUUGGGGUGAGAUGAAGAGGAUGCAGACUCGUGACGUCUCUCUGUCCAUCUUUCUCUCUGUCUCUCUCUCUUUCACUCCACUCAAAGGUGCUGACCUUUUUUUUUGUAUUUUAUUUUUUUGGAAACGUGGACCUUUUAUAAUUGUUUUUUUUUUUUAAGCGUAUCAAAGACACACCAGCACUGAUCGACUCGGCGCCAUGCUUCGAACAAUCGCACAUUUCCCGUGUAUGUGUAUAAAUUGUGUGUGUGUGUGUGUGUGUGUGUGUGUGUGUGUUUGCCCACUUUUGUCUUGUGUGUUCAUGUUGUAACGUAACGAUAAAGGCACUGCUGUACGCUCUUUAACGUUGAUAAACAACAACAACAAAAGUG